AUAAUCACUAUGUUCUUCCUUCAAGUGAAAACUGAAAAUUUAGAAUCAGGACAGGAAUCCUACAGUUCCCACCAAGAAAAAAGGGCAAACAGCGAUGAGAAAUGAACCACAGGUUUUAAAUUGGGGAAAACGAAAUAUACAGAAGGGGUCAGUGCCGGGCCAAUAGAGAGACUCCACCCAUAAUGUUCUGAAUUUUUUAUUUGGAAGCAUUCAAUGUUCUUCGAAUUUCUGACAUUUCCCAAAAAGUUUUUUUCUUUUCUUACUUUGGCAUCAUCCGCACUUUUAAAUGAUGCUCCUCGCUUCCUUACCUUUCACAAAGCUCAGCUCUCCAUAAGCUACUCCAGAGAGAGAGAGAUAGUCUUCUCUUACCAGUACAGUGAGCAUCUGCAAUGGCUGUAAACCUCCAUUCAUGUGACUAUGCAGAUGAAGACUACAUCGAUAUGGAAGUUAGCUCACAUGCCAACUUCUUCUGCCACUCCAUAAGCCCUCCUCCAAACCCCAGAGAAUUUGAAUUCCAAAUGUCUUCAGGCUGUCUAGAGAGAGAACCCUCAACUUCCCCAGCAGAUGAACUCUUCUACAAAGGAAAGCUCCUUCCUCUUCACCUCCCACCUCGCUUACAAAUGGUCGAAAAAAUCCUGCAGAACUCCAACUCUGUUUAUGACUGCAAAACAGAUGCCUUUGAAGAUUUCUAUAGCACCCCAUUAGCCACUACCACUGCCACACCCACUGCAGCCAGUACCCCUUUUGAAUCCUGCAAUAUUUCGCCUUCCGAGUCGUGCCAAGUUAGCAGAGAAUUGAACCCAGAAGAGUAUUUCUUCGAGUACUCGACUGAAGUGAGCGGUUUCAUCUGUGACAACCCCAAAAAGUCCUGGACUAGAAAGCUAAAGUUGAUCAAACAGUCUUCACUUGGCCUAAAGCUGAAGGCUUCCCGGGCUUAUCUCAAGUCUCUGUUUAGCAAGUCCGGAUGCUCGCACGAGUCCUGCACAGCAGCUGCAAGAAACGUAGAGGAAGGCUCAAUUCCAAAGGCAAAAGAGUAUCUUAACAAGUACAUGAAGGUGGGUAAGAAAAAUCCAUUUGGACAAAUCCAGGACAGAUACCAAAGAUCAACUACUCUCAUCAUGAGCUUUGGCAAAGACAAGAUGAGUGAAGAUAGCGAUGGCCACCAUAGGAGGUCGUUCUCGGCAGCCAUCAAACGCCAUUCGACAACCAACUCUUCAUCUUCUUCAACUUCCUCUGGCUCUUCUUCAUCUUCAAGCUCGGGCAAUUCGAAUGGGUUUUACGAGCCACAGCUUCUCAAGAGAAGCAGCAGUGCUAAUUCAGAAAUUGAGAGUUCUAUUCAGGGAGCAAUUGCCCAUUGCAAGAAGUCUCAGCAGCUGUUCCAUUCAGGAAGUACUGCAAGUGAAGUUGGUUUUUGCUCAUUCUCAGCUUCCAGGAUUGCUAUUUGUGAGAAUCAAGAAAGACCCGGGCUUUGCCGGGGCUGAGAGAGAAAGACAGAGAAGAAAAACGAGGAAGAAAUAAACGUUUGAUGAGUUCAUGAUGUUUUCUUCUUCAAAACCAGGCGUGGUAGUCCUGCACUGGCCUAGGCCAGAGCGUUCUGCGGAAGUUUGUAAUAAUGUAGAACCUCCACUCUCUUUUUCCUUGUUAAAAAAGAUUGUUUUGAAGCACUACUGAAUGUUAACUAGAGUUUUUAGACUUCAAAUCAAGAACUCAAUAACAUUUGCUAAAUGAUGUUUUCAAAUUU